UCAGGUACUAUAAAUAUGUUGGGCAUAGACAAAGUAGUUCAUAUUUAAAACUACUACUUGAAUUAACACUUAUCAUUUGCAUCUUUAGACAUGGCUUCUCUCGCACUUUCAGCCUCGGGAGUUAAUCUGAACAAGGCUGUUUCAGGUAAGUUCGAUGAUUUUCGAGGCGGUUUCAGUUUCAGUUUCGGUUCGGUCACUACUAACGAUAGUAGUUUUGCUAAGAAACGCAACACGGCCAUCGUGAGUAUUGCAACGCAACCACCACCGGGAGUUGUUGGUAAUCCAAGAACUGGAAAAAAUGAUGAGACUAAGAAGCUUGCGGCAUGGACUAGUGUCAAACAAGAGCGUUGGGAGGGGGAGCUCACUGUCGAAGGCGAAUUGCCCCUUUGGCUGAACGGGACGUACUUAAGGAACGGACCGGGAUUAUGGCACGUAGGCGACUACAACUUCCGGCACCUCUUCGACGGCUACGCCACCCUAGUCCGGCUCCGCUUCGAGAACGGACAUCUCGUGAUGGGGCACCGCCAGCUCGAAUCCGAUGCAUAUAUAGCUGCUAAGAAGAACAACAAGCUUUGCUAUCGUGAAUUUUCCGAAGUUCCUAAGCAAGACAAUUUCUUGGCCUACAUCGGUGAAUUAGCGAAUUUAUUCUCGGGCGCCUCCUUGACUGAUAAUGCAAACACCGGCGUCGUCCAUUUAGGCGACGGCCGGGUCGUUUGCUUGACCGAAACGCAAAAAGGGUCGAUUAUUAUCGAUCCCGACACAUUGGACACAUUAGGCAAGUUUGAGUAUAGUGACACUUUAGGUGGAUUAAUUCAUUCGGCACAUCCGAUAGUGACAGAUUCGGAAUUUUUAACGUUACUGCCCGAUUUGAUAAAUCCCGGGUAUUUGGUGGUCCGGAUGGAGCCGGGGACUAAUGAAAGGAAAGUGAUCGGUAGGGUGGAUUGCAGAAACGGACCUGCUCCGGGUUGGGUUCACUCUUUUCCGGUGACCGAACAUUAUGUGGUUGUGCCGGAGAUGCCAUUGAGAUAUUGUGCACAAAAUUUACUCAAGGCCGAGCCGACUCCGCUUUAUAAGUUUGAGUGGCACCCCGAAUCCAAAGCCUUUGUGCAUGUUAUGUGCAAAGCUAGUGGGAAAGUGGUGGCAAGUGUGGAGGUUCCGCUGUUUGUGACGUUCCACUUCAUUAAUGCGUAUGAGCAAACAGAUGAAGAUGGAAGGGUGAUCGGAGUUGUUGCUGAUUGCUGUGAACAUAGUGCCGACACCACAAUUCUAGAUAAGCUCAGAUUGAACAGUCUCCGAUCUUAUUCGGGUGAAGAGGAUGUCUUGCCAGAUGCACGGGUUGGUAGAUUUGUGAUACCAUUCGAUGGGAGUCCAAAUGGGAAGCUAGAGGCAGCAUUGAAUCCAGAUGAACAUGGAAGAGGAAUGGAUAUGUGCAGCAUUAACCCCGAUUUCUUGGGCAAGCCAUACCGGUAUGCUUAUGCUUGCGGUGCUGUGCGUCCAUGCAAUUUCCCCAACACCCUCACUAAGCUUGACCUGGUAGACAAGAAAGCGAAGAACUGGUACGAUGAGGGUGCAGUUCCGUCUGAACCAUUCUUCGUGGCACGGCCUGGUGCAACUGAGGAAGACGAUGGGGUUGUGAUCUCGAUGAUCAGUGACAAAAAUGGCGAAGGCUAUGCACUGGUCUUAGAUGGGAAAUCAUUCGAAGAAAUCGCAAGAGCUAAGUUUCCCUAUGGUCUUCCUUAUGGCCUCCAUGGAUGCUGGGUUCCGAAGAAAUCGCCAUAACUAUACCGAGAAAAAUAUACAUUAAACUCUCUCCGUCCUGUAAAAAUAGUGUCGAUUUCUAUGUCUGAUUGUCGAGUGACCGAGGCUAUGUGUUGGUCAUAUUUAUUGUUUGUGAUGUGAAUAUAUAUAUUUUGUAAAAGUUAGUUUGAUUUUAUUUCAGUUGAGAGGAAUAUAGCUUUGUAUCUGGGUUUAGGCUUCGGCAAUGUCUAGCAGCACGUUGAAGUGUAUUGUGCGUGAAUCGAUCAUGGAUGUAUGUGCUUGUGUAGUUGACAGUUUUUGCUUUGAUCAGAAAUAAAAAAAAACCGAAUGUUCUUCUUUGUUA